CUCUCUCUCUCUCUCUCUCUCUCUCCUCGAAGCAAAUUCCGAUCGAUCGUCGCGACCCCUCGCGGUUUCCAUCGGAAUCGGGGGGUGGGGCCCCUCUUUCCUCGAAGCUUUCGCUGCUUCAGUUUCUGCUGCUGCUGCUGCUGGUGUUGUUGUUGUUGUUGUUGAUGACCGAUGGAAAAGGGUCAACCACUGCCAAAGUUUGGCGAAUGGGAUGUCAAUGACCCCGCUUCUGCUGAGGGAUUUACUGUCAUCUUCAACAAGGCUAGAGAUGAGAAAAAGACCGGUGGCAAGCCUGAAUCUCCAGGAAAGGCUGAUGCUCAGACCAAGCAUACAGUUGAUCCCGGCAAGCCGCCAACUAAGAAGUGGUUAUGCUGCAUCCAGAGCUCACCUGCAGAAUCUUGACGAGGAUCUCUUCCUGUAAAAGCCUCAGGAACACGUGAGUCUAUCUCUUGCUAGCCCCGCAGUUUGUCAAGGAGAUCCGAAGGUGUUGGGGGCUGAUGUGUCUUGCUGGGAUUGUUGUUUGUUCUGUAAAUCUCACGGUUUGUGGGGAUUGAUUACGAUUAAAUGGAGACAUCCACGUCCGCUGCUGUAAUCGGUCUGCUAUUUUGCUGGUUAUUAUUAGGAGAUGAGUUAUUAUUUGUUUCCCCUCUCCUCUCUCUCUGCCUUCUCUUAUGUUCUGGGGUUUACAGCAUUUCGUUGUUACAUUUGUUUACUUCUCAUUGUACGGGUUGAAGUGGUUUUUGCUUGUGAAAUAAGAAAUUCUUUUUGGUCUUUC